ACAAAAUUGUUGUUUACUGCACAAAUCUUUUGUUUGUAUAUUUUAUUUUUUUCCAACGGAAGCCAUGAAAUGAAAUGAAAAAGUAAAGUUGUGGUGUAUGGAGAGGGUAGGUAUAAUAUGACGAUUUCUAAUUCAGCAAGAAAUUGGGGAUUCAUUUCUUUCUAAAUUGCAUUGCAAUAAGGCGAGCUUGUGUGCCACUCUUAAUGCAAAUUGCGAGAUAGCGAUGGCUCUUGUGUAUUAUUUUGUGAAAAAUUAGGGAGCAUAAUGUUUUCUGAAAGAUUGGGGGCAGAUGAAACUCGUUGUCAGGAUUUACAGAGUUUGAGUGUGUCGAAGCGACUUGUGAGGAGUGUUAGCCAGAAGUUGAGGAAGAAGAAUAACAGAAGUGCAGGGGAAGAAGAUGAUGUUGUAAAUGGAGUUUCUUUAAGUUGCCUAAAUCUGUACAGCAGAGGUGGGGGAUGCAAGGUAGGUGCUGACACUAGUGAUGAAUUUGGUGAUUCAAGUAGUAGGAGGAGAUCUAGCGCUAGCGACGACGGAAAGGGAUAUAAACCGAUUUGUGGUCCCGAAGAAACUGCUGUGGAUUGCUUCUCGUAUGGGGUGAAGGACAGGUUUUGGAGGAGACACAACAGAAAGAAUUCUGAACUUGAAGAAUUGACAACAAACAAUAGAAUGCAUAUCUUUCUUCCAGAUGACAUUGUUGAAAUGUGUUUGGUUAGGCUCCCAUUGACAAGUCUCAUGAAUGCCCGACUUGUGUGCAAAAAAUGGAGAUCCUUGACCACCACCCCUAGAUUCUUCCAAAUGAGAAGGGAGGGCUCGCAUCAAAAUCCAUGGUUGUUUCUUUUUGGUGCUGUUAAAGAUGGCUUUUGCUCUGGUGAGAUACAUGCACUGGAUGUGUCUCUGAAUCAAUGGCACAGGAUAGAUGCUGAUUUUCUCAGAGGAAGGUUCUUGUUCUCCGUUGCUAGUAUACAGGAUGAUAUCUUCAUUGUUGGAGGAUGUUCUAGCUUGACUAACUAUGGGAAAGUGGAUAGGAGCUCGUUCAAGACACACAAAGGGGUGCUUGUAUUUAGUCCCUUGACAAAAUCUUGGCGAAAAAUGCCAUCUAUGAAAUAUGCUAGAUCAAAUCCUAUAUUAGGAGUCUCUGAGAUCAGUUUGGAUUUUCCAACUUGUCAAAGUCAUCUAAGCCGGCAGGAUAGACGUUUUCCACGAUCAAGGAUGGGUGGGGUAUCAGAUGUCUAUGAGGAUCCUCACAAGCUUUCUAUGAGACGUCAUUGCAGAUCUGCUUUUAAUGAGAAUGAAGCUUCAUCUUUGCCUAGUAGAAAGGCAUACAAAUUCCUUAGACAAAGAAGUGAUCAUUCCAGCUCAAAGGGUUGUAAAAGAUUUUUGUUGAUAGCUGUAGGAGGUCAGGGAUCUUGGGAUGAGCCUCUGGAUUCUGGAGAAUUAUAUGAUUCUGUGUCAAAUAAAUGGACUGAAAUCCCAAGAUUGCCUUUUGAUUUUGGGGUUGCUCGAUCUGGAAUUGUUUGUGGCAGGAUGUUUUAUGUUUAUUCUGAGACAGACAAGCUUGCAGCAUAUGACAUAGAACGGGGUUUCUGGAUUGCAGUUCAAGCCACGCCAGUCCCACCUCGUGUUCAUGAAUACUACCCCAAACUUGUAUCUUCUAGUGGCCGCCUUUUCAUGCUCUCAGUGUCCUGGUGUGAAGGGGAUGGUCAAAUUGGGAGAAGAAACAAGGCUGUUAGAAAAUUAUGGGAGUUGGAUCUUAUGUAUCUUACCUGGACUGAAGCCUCUGUGCACCCUGAUGCCCCAAUGGACUGGAAUGCUGUUUUUGUGGCAGACAAAAACUUGAUUUUUGGGGUAGAGAUGUUCAAAAUAUUUGGUCGGGUGUUGGGUUUUUUUACUGUAUGUGAUGUGUCUGAUAUGGCAAAGUGGAACCAUAUUUCAUGGAAUCAUGUUACUCAUGAGCUGGAUGGUUCUUCAUGCUUGACCAAAUCUGUGGCAGUGCUACACCUUUGAAAUCCUUUGUGCAUGUAUGCGGAACAACAGAACCUUAAAUCUACCUCGAUGUCUUUUUUAGAUGCAACAUGACCGGUAAGUGGGCAAGUCUUAUGAACUUCGCUGGUCUCAGUUUCUCUGCUUCUCAUGUACCUUUUUAUUUAAUUCAUUUCUCACCAAUCAUAAAGUUGAAUUCCACUCUGACUUUGCACUUAUAUUGUUCAUGCUAUCCAUUGAGUUUCUGGAAUUAUGGUUUUGUAAGUUGAAUUCUUCUCACCUUCUUUAUGCCCAUCCCUCUAUAUAUUAUUGCUAAUUGCGAUAAUUAACCUCCUUAUGAAUUU